UGUUCUAUGACUAUGUUCUGUGUUACUAAAUUAUUUUUGUGAGGGACAUUUUGUUGGUCUGGUUUAUUUAAAAAAAAUGCCAAAGAUCUGAAAAGUGUAAAGACAUUUUGGCCCAUGUUUUUUAAAGGUUUAACACCACAAAAUCUCCUUUUCUAGUAGAAAUCCGUGCAAUGGCAGAUCCACGCUUCAGAACGAUUAAAAUAAAAACAGGUGUAGUGAGAAGGUUAGCCAAGGAAAAGACCGUAUACGAACGCGAGGCAGAACAACAGAAAAUCCGUAUUGAGAAGUUGAAGAAAGACGGGCGAGACGAAUACGAGAUUCGCAAGCAAGAGGAAGUGCUAACCGAAAGUUUGAUGAUGGUUCCAGAUUGCCAAAGAAGACUUUUGACAGCUUACGACGAUUUAAAGGGCAUACUUGAUACUGAACAAGACUUGAAAGAUACCGAGGACUACUUAGCUGCUAAGAAAGUGUUGGAAGAAGCUAAACAGCAGUUGCCGAAAGCUGGUGAAGUGCAUAUGUGUUAAGUGCUUUCGAAUCGUAUUAACA